GCUUUAGUUCCCUCGAAAAUCUUCCAGAAUGUUAGUCAGUGUCGUGGAUAUUCUUGUUUUUUAUUUGGUGACGGUUGCACGUUUGACCAACGGUGUAUUGACAACAGAAGCGUCUAGGAAUAUCCAACUAGUAACGAAUUUACAACCACCGACCCUUAGUUACCUUCCAACUACGGACACGGUGUUUCCAAAACUUUCUCGACCCGAUGUUUUCACUGGCCAAGCUUUGAACAAUGGGCUAGAAGAUGGAGAGCCAGGUAGAGGCUUAAAGGCCGAAAGGCAAAUACAAGCCGGGUAUUCGUACCUGAAACCGCUAUUGAUCGAUCUCCAGUUACCAUUGAAUGAUCAGACGGCGAUUAAAUCAAUCGGCGAUAAACAGAGGUCGAGCGAAAGCCAAACUUCUGGAGCAAAGGCGUUGAGGUUAGGUAAAUCAUCAUGGCGGCCGGGGAACGGGACAAGGCUGCGGCAGCACGAGGUCGGGUAUCGCGCUCACGUACCUCGCCGAUCGGCGUACAGUGUCGUAGAGGAGGUCGAUGAAUACCUAACAGAUGAUUCGGAUGGAUUGGGGCAUCGUGGGAAGGCGACGAAUCCCCAUCGUAAUUCGCAGGAUAUAACGGCGGCCAUCAAAGCCCUCGAUCGCUUCCUGAGCGGGGCUCUGAACGAUGAUAGUUACAACAGCGAGCUACAUCCACCGCCCAAUCCUGUUCUGGCCCUCGUCCUGUCUCGAUACGGGCGAUACGUGCCCGGAUCACGAAACCCUCGCGUGUACGCUCACAUGGCCGUAAACAAUAUACACAACAACAAGCCUUUCGGUAGUUAUAAGCUGGAGUGCGACGAAUCGCCUGUCUACGUUAAGAGAUAACGAUGAAAGUACGUAGCCACUUAGUGGAUCGUAGAUUAUAAUUGGAUAGAGAAAAAUA